AUAUUCGCGCGCUGGGAACCGUCAGGGGCUCGAGAUGCUGUCUAGUUAGGGAGCUCACUAGUGUUCGAGACACACGCCGCUGACUCGUCGCGUUCAGUCACGCUGAGCGAAAGUUGGAAAUCCCGAUCACUGUAUCGAUUUUUAUCGCUGUAAAGAGUGCUUUAAACUUCACGAAGAUAUUUAUUUUUGUCUCGUGUAAUCAGGAUUUAAUGUUGUGGAUUGUUGACUGUGGAGGUUUUGAACAGUGGUGAGCGGUGGUGUCAUGAAGAGGCGAUGUUGAGUGACAGCCAUGCCUAGACACAACAUGGAUCUCCAGAGGAGUCAGUGGGAGCCUGUCCAGAAAUCACCUUGGAUCAUGCGAUUGGCCGCGGAGCAAAGUCCCACCUCUUCAGGGGCGGAGUCAGACACCGAGGGCAGCAGCACAGAGAGUGAACGUUCUCAAAUCAAAGAACCCAGAAGAGAAGCCGCAAAGCUCCUGACGUCACCCUCAGUGGUGCAGCAGCGAAUCACAGAGCUCGACCAACAGAGAGAGGAGCUGAAAAUCGAGCUGCAGCUGGAGGUCGCGCUGCUGCAGGGAGAGCUGCAGACGGAGCAGGAGCGUCUGCGCAGACACGCAGAGCAGCUGCACGUGUUGCAGGAGAAGGACAGACAGAGAAAGUGCCAGCGCUUGGCCUGCAGACAGAAGGAGCGUGUUCAGCUGGAGCAGGAACGUCUGAAGGUGGAGGAGAUGAAGAGCAGGUGUGAGGAGCUGGAGAAACACAUCCCCACGCAGCCGGAAGACCUGCGAGAACAGAUGGUGCUUCAGCUGAAGCAGGACAGAGAUGCUUUUGAAGUGUCGUUGAGAACGUUUGAAGACAUGGAGUUUCGUGUUCUGGAGUUGGAGAGCGGAGUAGAAGACGAUCGAGAGGAGGGCGAGAGGAGCACGUGUGAGACGGUGGAAGAGCAGGACAUCUCCAGAGUCCAGCAGACGCUCCACGCAUCACAGGAGCGGGUCACGCAGCUGGAAGAACAGCUGAUGAGGAUGGAGAAGGAGCGAGAUGAGGAGCUGAACUCCCUCAGACAGGAGAAACGAGAGCUCCUUCACAGAUCUCAGAGGAUUUUGAAAGAGAAGAAGCCUCUCGCCGAUUGGUCCAACAUUACUGGCUCCACCCCCUGCGUGAUGUCACUGUCCCCCGUGAGCGUUCACAGAGCGGCACAGGACUCACUGAAGGAGGCUUCCGGGUUCCCCCGUAGACGCAGCUCGCACAGGAAAGUCCCAGACAGACCUCUCUCUGCACAAGUGUUGGUGAGGAUGACUCCAGACAAACAGAGCUGUGAGGCCGGGUCACCUCGUCUUCAUCACUCCUCUCACAGACUGAGUAACGGACUGAGAACGGGUCACAGCGACUCCUCACAGACGCCCUGCAACAGCACAAACACCUCCCGCGCUGCCAGCCCUCAGAGUGUGCUGGAUCUGGUGGAGAUGGAAUGGAAGGUCAGAGAAGCCAAAGCAGAGAGAGAGCGUCUGCUGAGAGAGAGAGAGGAACGCCGCCGCCUGCUGGUGGAGGAACAGAGACGGAGAGAUGUGAACUCUUUAAACGUACAGACACAUGAAUCAACAGCAGAAUCAAACGCUGAGCAACACAAGUCAACACGCAGGACACCGCUGGAGCAGAGCGUCCCGCUUUCUCUUAAGGCGAACUUUGACCUGCGCUCUCAUGUGGAGGCUCUGGGUCACAACGUGAGCGGAUGCAUGGGAGUGAAUUUGUCUCCGCGGAGGUGCGGCGGCUUUCUGACUAAGCGUGGAGGCCGCGUGAAAACGUGGAGGAGAAGAUGGUUCAUCUUUGACCUGGACCACCAGCGCCUGGCGUAUUACACUGAACUGGAUGAGAAGAAACUGAAGGGGGUGAUUUAUUUUCAGGCUAUUGAGGAGGUUUAUUAUGAUCAUCUGAGAACAGCCACGACAUCUCCGCGGCCGAGUCUCACCUUCUGUGUGAAAACAUACGAGCGUCUUUUCUUCCUGGUGGCUCACAGCGCUGAAGCCAUGAGGAUCUGGAUGGAUGUUAUUGUGACGGCCACAGAUGAGCACAGCAGAUACUGACCAGCAGUAAACGCUCUAUUCAGUGUUAAAUGUGUCAGCUUUGUUACUGGUGCCGUGUGUUUGUCCUCUGCUGUUCUGCUCUACACUGCACUGAGCCAGCUCCACACGCCGGGUUUGAUUUGAUUUCUUACACAUUAUUUAUUAUUGUCACAUAUAUUGUAGAUUUUGUAAUGGUGGGAAUUGGGGGAUAUUUACAUUCCAAACAAUGUGUGUGGACUUCUGCAUGUGCCAAGGACUGAUUCAUGUCAAACCAAUUUAAUGGUUGAUGAAAAUGAUUUGCCAAGAAUAUUUACAAACAAAAGCAAAAUAAAAAGAUGGAUUUUUUGUUAUUUAAUGUGAUUAAAUUGUUCUUGUAAAAUACAA